AUGAUUGGAUCAAAUCCUGAGACGAGUUUAGAAAAUCAGGACAAUAUUGAUUUGAAAGACCACAAAGAUCAUAAUAAGGAAUUAUCCGAUUUACUUAAUAGUUUUAUCUUGUCAGGAUUAAAAUAUGACGAUCGAAAUUUCAGUAAUUUCAUUUCAUCAUUCUUCAACAUCAUAACCCACACAAAUAAAACAGAAGGUGUACGCAAAAUUUUACAAAAUUUCUUCAAUCAAUUAAAACCAUCAAUCUCUCGUCAAUUUGAAGCAAAAUUAGAACAAUCAUUUGACUUAGAUAUGAGAACUAUUCUAACAAAUGAUCAAUCUACAUCACAUGAUACAGAAAACAAUAAAAUUGACGUUUUAUCUAUUUUGGUUAUUACAGAAACUUAUUUAAUGACUAAGGUUAUCAUUACCAGUUCACUUCUUUAUCAAAUCACCUCAUUUAUCCUUCGAUAUCCCUUAAUUCAAAGUUUGAAAUUACUUACAUUACUUCAUCCACGAAAUAUACAUGAUUCAUCAGUUAUUUUCCAUGGUUUAAUUUACUUUAUUACACAUUACAUUAAUGAAUUUCAAGAUUUAGAAAAAUUUGAUGAAUAUUGUCUGAAAACCAUGAAAAAUGCUAUUUAUCCUGUUGAAAAACAAAUAGUUCCAUUGUUUGCAGUUAAAUUAAUCUCAUUUUUGAAAUUCUUUUCACAAUUUUCUUCAAUAAUUCCAAAAUUUAUUGAUUUUUACUUCGAAAUCAUUUUAUCUUUCUUUGAAACAGAUUACAGAAGCAUUUCCACAUACAGAGAGCCGAUUAUAUCCUACUACAAAUCAUUUUACACUUCAAUUUCUUUCAUAAAAAUUUGUAAAAUUUUGAAAAUCAAUUUUGAAGAUUUGAAACAGUAUUUAGACACUGAAAAUGAGGAAGAAAAGAUAUCCAUUGAAUGCUCAUUGAUCAGACUUAAUCCUAGCUAUGAGAAGGAGCUCGAAAACAUCAACAAUUCAUCCUGCAAAAGAAUUUUUUCUCUUUUGGAAACAAACGAAAAUUCUCUUUUGUUUUUAGAGAAAUUUAAAACGAAAUACCAAGUAGAAAAGAAAGAAAUGGUAGAUGUACUUGUUUCUUCAGAUAAUAUAGAUCUAAUCUGCUGGCUUUUGAAUAAGCAAAUCAUUGAAAUCAGAGCAUUUACUCAAUACAAACAAAAAAUGGCAGAAAUUCUCAAAAAUUAUGAAAAAAAUUAUGAUGAUUGCGAAAAAUUUAUUACGAACUAUAUUAUAAAGUAUUUCGUAAGUGAUUCUGAGAUGACGUAUUUCUUGACGAAGUAUUUGAACAAAGAGAAAAUCGACUACAAUCAAAAUUUUGCAAAUUUCAAAAAAUUUUUUGUCAAAGAAAAAAACUUCAAAUGUUCAGAAAAUUUCUUUGAUCUUUUCAAACAAGAAAUAUCGGAUUGUGUUAAUGACUUAUUAACGAAUUAUUCUAAUGAUCAAUUGCUUGUUUCGAUUUUGAAACACGAUUACAAAAAUUUCAAAAUUCACAGUAAGGUGUUUGACAAAAUUAAAAAUAACAAAAAUGUUGAAUUCAUUUACCACAUCUUCAAAACUUUGCUUGAACAAAAUAGCUUCAUAACUAAAGAUGAAAAUUAUCGGGAAUCUGUAAUUAAUCAAUUAACAGAUUUUGAUCCAGAAAUUCGUUUUGAUUUUACGAAACUUUUCUUUCCAAAGGUAAAACAAAAUCUGAUAAUAAAACAAAAUCAAAAUAUAAUACAAAGCCAAAAGAUAGGACCAAAUCUGAAUAUAAAGCAAAAUCAAAACAUAAUACAAAGCCAAAAGAUAGAACAAAAUCAAAAUUUAAGACAAAAUCAAAAUAUAGAACAAAAUCUGAAUAUAAAACAUAAUGUAAUACAAAGCCAAAAGAUAGGACAAAAUGUUAUACAAAAUCAAAAGAUAGAACAAAAUCAAAAUGCAGUACAAAGUCAAACGAAAGAACAAAAUUCGAUUCAUGAAAUUGAUAUUUCAAAGGAAUAUAAAUAUCAAAGAUUUGAACAUAAAGUCAAAAAUUUCAUUAAGCUUGCUGACGAAAUUGAUGAUGGAAGCAUUGAUGAUGAUUAUUUAAACAUAAAACUAAAUAAAUGUUGUUCAAAACUUACAAAACUUAACUUGAGCCGUUUUGUUUAUUUCAAUAAACAAAAUGCAAAUUAUUAUGAAUCCUUUCAUCAAAACAUUUUUUUUAAUUCGAAAUGUCAUUCACUUAACCAUUCCAACUAUAAUGAUUUGUUUUCGAUGUAUUUCAUGCAUAAAGAGUUUCUGAAAAUAAGUUCAGGGGAUCGAUAUUAUAACCAACAUUACGAUAUUGAUUUGCUGCAAUUAUCAAUGAUUAGAUUGAACGAUUACUAUGUUAAUCAUGAUGAAUAUUUCACAGAUAAAAUUUAUCAGAUUAUUUCAAUGUUGAUUGUAGAUUAUAGAAAAUAUAAUGAAGAAUGUUUGAAACAGUUUGCAAAUGUCUUUACGAGACAGCAAAUACUUGAUUUACUUGAAAGAGACAGUAGAUCAGCCAAACAAAACGAUGAUGUCAUAAAUAUUUAUCAAUUGGCAAAUAAUAGUUCAAAUUUGAAGAAUUUUUCAGAAGAUUUGCCAAUAAAAGUCAUUGAUUCUAUAAUAAGCAGGGAAGAUUUCGAGUUCAAAGAGAUAAAGUUGGAUUAUUUAAUGAAAAGAGAUCUUCCUGAUCACAUUGAAACAAAAAUUUCUCAAAAGUGUCAAAAAUUGAGAAAAAGUUAUUCAAAAGUUUUUCCAAAUUUCAAUGAUUUCUCUGGUAUUUUGAAUUAUUUCAUUCGUCCUAUGCUUCAAGAGUUUGGAUCUAUUUCUUACCAUAUUGGAUAUUAUAUCCUCAAUAUUUGCGACAUCAUUGAAGAAAAAGAAAUCAAGCAUUUUGUUCCAAUUCCAAACACUUCACUUGGCAAUUUUAAUGUUUUGAGUGAAAUUUCUGAAGAAGAAAAAGAAGAUUUUUCUUUCAUUAAAACUCCAAAUGAUAUUGCAAUCGAAAUGUUUAGAAAUCAUAAAGACACCAGAUAUAGAUCAUUAGUAUUUGGAUGUACUUGUUCAUUGCAUUUGAGCAAAUAUUUGUUGAUUCAUGUUUUUGAUGAUAUCAGAAGUAGAGAAGAAAAUUUCAAAAAAUUGACAAAAAUCAUCAAUUUCUUAUUAUCAAAAGAACAUCAAGGAACAAAUAAGAUAUUGAAUUUUAUAUUCUCUCUUUAUCCAACAUUUUAUAACAAAGAAUUUAAUAUUUUUAAGAACAAUAUCAUUAAUCAAAAUGAUUUGAUUUCUACAGCGAUGAAAAUGCAAAAAUAUGAGAUUUGUUUGAGACAUAUUGAUAGUUUAGAUCAAGGAAAUCAACUUAUGUUCCAAAAGAUCUAUUCCAAUCUAGAUGAUUUUGAUAAUCUUGAAUACUUUUAUUCAUCAAUGUUCCAAGAAAAAAAUUAUAAUUUGGUUUUAGAGUCAUAUAAUUCAAGCAUUGACGAGAAAUUACAAGUUUUGAAGUAUUUAGAACAUCAAGGAAUGUACAAUGUACUCAAGUUGUUCUCUCUGAGACUUAUGAAUCAAUAUCCUGCAAAUGAUGAAAUCAUUGGAUUCGUUGCGAAACUCGCAAUCAACACAGAAGAUUUCGAUUUGAUGAAAGACGUUUCUGAAAAGAAUUCAAAAGAUUUUUAUAGCAGAUUGAUUAAUUUCAUACUUGAUUUUGAGAAACCUGAUAGUAAAUCAGAUGAAAAACAUAAAGAAUAUCAGCAAUCGUUGAAGGAAUACAUUGAUGAACUGAAUAACAAGUAUUUCCAAGGGAAUUUUAAUAAUUUGCAAAUAAUUGAAAAUCAAAUUUCGAUUUUGAGAUCAAUUUAUGAUCAACAAUUCAAAAAACAAUCUGAUAAUGACUUGUCAACAGUUGUUAGCAUAAUAAUCAAUAAGAAACUUGAUAGUUUUUGUCAAGAUGUAAUCAAAAUCUACUUCAAUUUGAUCAAAAAACUGAGAAAAGAAGAAUCUUUAGAUAAAGCGGAGUUUUAUUCCAAAAACGCAAUGAUUUAUGCAUCAGAGCCUCAUUGGAGUGUUCUUUAUAAAAGUAUUCAAGUAAGAUCAAUGCUGGAACAAUUAAAAAUCAGUAUAAUGAAGAACGACCAAAAGAAUUCAAAAAUUAUUUCUCAAAGAUUGUCAGAAAAAUUGGCAUUAGAAAAACAAUCAAUGAGCAAAGAAUACAUGAAGUUUCAAGCGUUGUUGGCUGAACUAGAAAUCAAGGAACAUUCUGAUUACAAAAAAUCUCAACGGCUCAUUGAAGAAGGUAUGAAAGACGCUGAUGAAGAAAGUAAGACAAAAUACAGAUAUUUGUUAGCAACAGUUUGUGACAAAUUAUUCAUAAAAAGUCUUAAAUUUGAGUAUUUCAAGUUAACUAUUGAUAAUUAUUUCAGUGCCUUAGCAUCAGAAAAAGACAAAAGGAGAUUGGAUAUUAUUCCAAGACUGUUUGAUUUGUUGUUUAGAAUUGGAUCAAAAUAUUUUUCUUUUUUAAUUCCUGAUCAAGGAAAUAAAGUUGAUGAUGAGGAAGAAGAAGAUGAUGAUGAUGAUGAAAAUGAUGAUUUUAUUAAUAAAGAAAUACAAGAGAUAUCUGACGAAGACAAGAAAAAUUUCUACAAUACAAUCAGAGACAAAAUUAAUAACUGUACUCAUCAAAUUUCAAUCUCUGCUGAAUCAAUUAUUCCUUUGCUCGAUAAAAUUUCAGGAAAAUUAUCAAAUGAAUUAAUGAGGAUUUUGAAUGAAUCUUUUCUUCAAGAAGGACUUAUGAGCAUUUGGCACUUCUUCAUUCUUAUUGAAGAAAACGAAGAGUUCAACAAUCUAAUUGGUAAUGAUCCAAACACGAGCAGAUUAAAACAAAUUUCAAAAAAUUUGAUAGAUUCAUAUCCAAAGAAACCAACGAAUGGAGUGUCAAAUCCAUAUGUUUUCACCACAGCAAUACGUGACGAUGAUCCGAUAAAUAAAUCCCUUGAACAGAUUCAAUCUAAAACAGCAAUUGUUCCAACUUCCAAUAAUUUACACUCUUAUAAAAUCGAUUACAUGAAGCGAAUUGAUAAAGUAAAAGCAACAAGAAUUUUUGGAAGUAAAUGCAAACCAAUGGAGCUGGAAUUCACUUCAGAUAUAGGUGAUAAGUACUUGUUCUUGUUGAAGGAAGGAAAAGACUUGGAAAUGAGAAAGGAUAUGAGAAUCAUGGACAUUUUCACGUUUAUUAACUCCGUUUUUAACUUAGAUGCAUUUUGCAAAAACAGACAUUUGAACAUAACAACUUACGCUGUUAUCAUCUUGAACAAGAAUUUUUCUUUGAUAGAAUUAGUUCCUGAUUCGAUAGAAAUGAAGAAUGUUUAUACAGAACUCUAUACAAACUUUGUGAAUAUAAGAAAUGAAUAUCAGAAAAGAAUCAAGAACGAACAAAGUUUUGCAGUAAAUUCUGAAAAUUUCAAGAAUCAAUUUUCUCAUCCUUUGAAAGAAUGGUUUUGCCUCCAAUUUAAAGAACCCAAGAAAUGGUUUUCUGCACAGAAGGAGUACACUAUGUCUUGUGCAGUGCUUUCAUGGGUUGGAAGCAUCUUCCAGAUCGAUGACAGACAUUUAGGAAACAUUUUGCUGAAAAGAGAAACAGGUACAGUUUUCCACAUCGAUUUCGAAGAAAUUCUUGAAUCAAAAAUAGCUGCUGAUUUCAGAUUGACACACAUUAUUUUGGACGGGCUUGGCAUCUGUGGAGUUAAUGGAAGCUUCACUAAAUGUUGCAUCAUCACUGCUAAUAAUCUCAAAGCAAAUAGAGAUGCUUUGGUCUCUUUAAUGGAAGGUUUCAUUGAUGUAGAGUUUGAACCAGAAAAAUCUCAAGAAAUUUUGGAUCAACUGAAGAAAAGAGUUGAUAUGAUUGCUGAUGAUGGACAUUCUUCUAUAUCUCCUGAACAAUUGGUAUAUUCUAAGAUAUCUUAUUGUCAGCAACUUAAAGUUCUUUAUGAAAAGAAUGGUAAUUGGAGUUCUUUUAUGUAA